CAAUCCCGGUUUCUCCUCUCAAUUCCUAGGAAUCCCCCCACAACCCUAAACCCUCUUGUGCUUGGGAAGAAGAAGAAGUGGUGACUGGAGUGAAGUGGAGUGGAAUAGGAGAAUUUGAUCUUCAAAAAUAAAAGAGGGAUCGGCAACUGCAGCUCAGUUCUCCUUUCCCACCACAGCCACAGGUCCUUCAUUUGGGUGUAUAUUUGCAUCUGUGUUGUUAUUCCUUUGUCCUGAGCUGUUGUAUUCGGACACCCGGUCAUUGAAUGGAGUCCAACAAGAAAAAUACAAAUCAAGAAGACAAAAAAGAAGAGGCGGAGGGGCUGCAGGAGGGUUCGGAAAUAGAAUAUGUGAGCUACGGCGGAGAACAUCACCUGCCGCUUAUCAUGAAUCUUGUUGACCAAGAACUCAGUGAACCCUACUCCAUCUUCACUUAUCGCUACUUCGUCUAUCUCUGGCCCCAACUCUCCUUUCUAGCCUUCCAUGAUGGUAAAUGUGUGGGGACUGUGGUGUGCAAAAUGGGAGAGCACCGGAAUACUUUGAGAGGCUACAUUGCUAUGCUUGUUGUACUUAAGCCUUACAGGGGCAGAGGCAUCGCUACAGAGCUUGUUACUCGAUCCAUUAGAGUAAUGAUGGAUUCAGGGUGCGAAGAGGUGACCUUGGAAGCAGAAGUUACAAAUAAAGGAGCACUGGCUCUAUAUGGCCGUCUUGGUUUCAUCAGGGCAAAGAGGCUUUUCCGGUAUUAUUUGAACGGAGUUGAUGCUUUCCGGCUCAAGCUGUUGUUUCCCCGGCCAGAGGCACACCAGCAUCAGUCAAUUAUGAAACUGGGAUUUGGGACCUACGAACUGGGUAGCGAUCAACAAAACGAGGAAACCUCUGCUGAAUGAUAACUAGUGAACCUUUUUCAGUUUCUUUGUCUUUAUGACCUUCCACUAUUUUUAUACUGCAAGCAAGUCAAUUGAUAGAUCUCUGGAAUAUAUAAUUAUAGGAUUGUAUUUGGCUGUUUUUGUCUUUGCGUACUGUAAUCAAAUGACCAGAUUCAUGGUUGUAAAUGGUCCCUUAUUACGCUGUAAAGUGUCCAGAGUAUCAUACAAUUCGGACUAUGUCCCCUCAUCUAAACUUAGAUUGAAUGAACUUCCUUGACAAGCAAUCACCUAUU